GCCGUCACUACCGCCAAAGAGACCAUCUCCGUCGCCAGCUACGGCGCCCGCUGCGACGGUGCGACGGAGGACACGGCGGCCUUCGAGGCGGCGCUCGCCCACGCCGGAGCCCACGCGCACACGACGAUCCUGGUCCCGCCCGGCGCGCGCUGCCUCAUCGCGCCGAUCAAUCUGACGUCGCACACGACGCUGCGCAUCGCCGCGAACGCGACCGUCGCCGGCGUCGCGGACGCGGCCCGGUGGCCGCUGAUUCCCGGCGCGCCGUCCUACGGCCAGGGCCGCGACCACCCGGGCCCGCGCUACACGUCCCUCGUCCACGGCGAGCACGUCGAGGACGUCACGAUCCAGGGCGAGGGGCCCACGAGCGUCCUCGACGGCAACGGCCAGUAUUGGUGGGACCAGGUCCACUCGAUGACGGUCACGCGCGGGCACCUCAUCGAGUUCAUGUACUCGAAGGACAUCCGCAUCUACGACCUGUCCAUGCGCGACUCGCCCUUCUGGAACAACCACUUUUACGACAGCGAGCGCGUCCACGUGCGGAACGUCCACAUCUCCGCCAAGGACAACUCUCCCAACACCGACGGCUGGGACCCCGACAGCGCGCGCGACGUGCUCGUCGAACACAGCACGUACGUCGGCGGCGACGACUGCGUCGCCAUCAAGUCCGGCUGGGACUGCUUCGGCGUCGCCUACGGGAAGCCGUCGAGGAACAUCACGAUCCGCGACGUCAACUGCACGGGCUCCAAGGCGGGCAUCGCGAUCGGCUCGGAGAUGUCCGGCGGCGUCGAGGACGUGCUCGUGCAGCGCGUCAACAUCCUGGGCAAGGCCAACGGCAUCGCGCACGUCAAGACGGGCCCGACGCGAGGCGGCUACGUGCGCAACGUG